UGUAACACCUUGAUCACGUGACGAGACGCCAGGUAAACAGUGAGCUACUGCUGCUACUGUAGCGGCCACCCUCCGUCGGGCCGUGCACGUCAUCGGCGCUCGCCUUAAGAGGAGGUUCUGACGGAGAAACGUCGCUACGUGAGCCAUGUUGGUGCUACCUUUCCGACAGCGGUAAUGUCGGCGGGUCUCUUGAAGAACGGAGUCGGUACAGCCUUUUCCCUUACAAACUGUGACGUGUAGCGUGGCGAUCAGCUGAUAGCCAUGUCUUGGGACCCGGGUUCAGAUUCUCUGCUGGACUUCGAACUGAAUCCUUACGGGCACAAUCUCGUCUUCUCAAGCAGGUACUAUCAACUGCUGGGCAAGAGAAAGGACCUGCCCAUCUAUGCGUGCAAAGAACAGUUCAUGACAGCCUUGGAGAAAUCACAGGUUGUGUUGGUGGAAGGGAAAGUUGGUUCUGGCAAAACAACACAGAUACCACAAUGGUGCGUGGAGUUUGUGCAUGCUCACCAGUACCAGAGCGGCAUUGUGGGUUGUGCAGAGCCGGCAGACCUGGUGACAUGUACCGUGGCACAGCGUGUGGCAGAUGAGAUGGACCUGGUGUUUGGGGAGGAGGUGGGCUACUGCACACCACUGGAGGACUUCAGUACACAAGAAACUAUCCUAAGAUUUGCCAAUGACAGCGUGCUGCUGCGAGAAAUCACAGUGGACCCUCUCCUGGAGCGUUAUGGUGUCAUCAUUCUGGACGAGGUGCAGAGAAGAACAGUGGCCACAGACUUGACAAUGGCCUUGCUGGGUGAGAUCCUGAGUCAAAGGGCAGACCUGAGAGUGGUCGUCAUCACCACAUCCAUACAAGCAGGGAACUUUCAGUCCUACAUCGGAGCCUGCGAGGUCGUCAAGGUCCCGGAGGCAGGGGAAGGCACAACUGAGGUUCACCACACACAGGAUGUCGUGCAUGAUGGGAAAUGUGUCGAGGAGGCUGUCAAGAGAGUGAUGGACAUCCACGCAAAUGAUGGAGACAAUGGAGACAUCUUGGUUUUCCUUGCAGAUGAAAAGGAGGUUCAGGAGGCAUGUAAGAGGCUAAGAGAUGUAGAUGAGCUGCCAGCUCCUCUGCAGAUCAUCCCAGUGUUCCCCUCCCUGUCCCACAGCCAGCUACACGGCCUGUAUGAUGUGCCAGAGGAGGAGCCCGAGCCUGUGGAAAAGGGCCCUGAAGAGCACCCUGGGGAUGAGGACACGCCGGAGGAGGUAGUGGAGAAUGAUGGGAAUGACACAGAGGACUCUGGGAAUGAUGGGGAUGAGGAAGACGAUGACACAAUAAGUGGAGAAAGGCCAAGAAAAGUCAUCGUAGCCACGGACAUUGCUGACUCCUGUCUCGUGGACACGGUCGGGUUUGUUGUGGACAGUGGACGAGUUCGACAAGAGGUGUUCAAUGCCCGUGUCCGUGCCACCCAAGACCUGGUCAGUCUGAUCAGCAGACUCAGCGCUGACCAGCGGGCUGACCUGGCCAGUCUGAGGCCUGGGAAACCUGGCAAGUGCUUCAGACUGUACCCCGAGGAUUUUACAGAGGACCUUGCUGCGUUUCCGAACCCUGAGAUCCAUCGUGUGAACCUGACACCAUGGAUCCUACUGCUGAAGAGGCUGGGGGUGGAGGACCUGCUCAAGUUUGACUUUCCUGACCCACCAGCUACAGAAUUCUUGAGUGGAGCGAUGAACCAGCUGAAGCACCUGGAUGCAGUGGACGAGACUGGAUGUCUGACAGACCUCGGCGCCAUCAUGUCGGAGUUCCCGGUCGACCCACAGCUUGCCAGGACGAUUAUCGCCAGCUGCGAGUACGGCUGCUGUGAAGACAUCCUCACCAUAGCUGCACUUCUCACAGUUCCUCCUGUGUUCCUGCGACCAUCUGAGGCAGCCCAGGCAGCGGAUGACGUCAGGAGAAGGAAGUUUGCCCGGGCUGGCAGCGACCACCUUGCGUUGAUCAAUGUAUACCAUGCUUUUAGGCAAAACUACCAGGAUGAGUUGUGGUGCUCUAGUAACUACCUGAACUUCGAUGCACUCCGCAUGACAGACGAUAUCAGACAGUAUUUUGGUGGCAUCUUAGAAAGACUGGAGCUGGGGCCUUGUGAAGACAGUGAACCCAAGACAGAGGAGGAGAGAGUGAAGAGCAUCAAAAGGGCCCUGGCAGAGGGAUACUUCAUGCAGGUAGCACAUGACCUAGAUGGGACAGGGAACUACUUCAUUGUGAAGGAGACACAAGUGGUCCAGCUGCACCCCACCACUUGUCUGGACAGCAACCCCGGCUGGGUCCUGUACCAUGAGUUUGUCUUGAGUGAGAGGAGCUACAUCACAACACUCACAGAAAUAGAACCCCAAUGGUUAUUUGACAUCGCACCGAAGUACUUUGACCCCACAAACCUCCCCCAGGGGGAAGCAAGGCGGCGCUUCCACUCCAUCCUGGUCAAGUCUGAGCUUGCAGUACCGGGCAAACCUGCUAGGGAGUGGGCUGGACCGGGAGUGGCCCAACCAUCAGCACCCAGGAAUUUCACAUCACAUCCGGGCAGAGGGCCAGUCCAACAUGGGCAGAUGAGGGAACGAAACCAGGAAGAUGAUGAUGAUUCUAAACUUUGUGUGGUUAGCUAACAAAUGAACAACUAAGAAUCUUAUGGAAAUGCUUCCAAGAAACACAUGUCAUGUCACACCAAAAAUGGAUCUUCAACAAGACAAUGUGCAAGGACUGCUGCAAAAGUAUGCUGUGGCCAACUGGAUGUUGGGUAGUUUCUGCAACCCUAGAUUACAUGGCAACUGUAGUUGUGAAUGUGCUGCACAUGUGCUGGAAACCUCAGCCAGAGAAGCUCCAACUGAUGACUGUUUGAUAACAAACAGUCCAGUACUUUUAAUCUUGACCGUGUUUGCUGACAUUUCAUGCCAACUGAUGUGAGUUGUUUCCUUAGAGGAAGUGUCUUUGAUACAUGAAUAUACCAGAUACUACAGAUGGCUAGCUGAACCUUUGGCCAUGGAGGCAAGCUAAUUAGAGCAAGGGAUUCUGUAACUGUGUGAGGUUAAACUUACAAAGGCCAACAUUUCAUUUGUUGCUAAGGUCUUGAAAAGGCUGCUGCAGAUCAUCACCAGAAUUUUUUGAAUGAUGAGAGUCAACAAUCAAUGUGUGUGACAGACUAAGGAAAAUAUAUUUUGCUAGACUGUGAAAAAGAUGCCUUUGCUAUAAACCCAAUGUUUUUCUAAGUGGGUGAGGGGCAGGAAAAUUCCGAAGUGUACUUAUCGUGAGCACAUAAUCAUGCACUGCUGCUACAUUGCAAAUUUUGUACUUUGGAAGCAAUAAAUGUUGCACUUAAAUAAUAGAGACUAACUGUGGAAAUGUUUACGGUGCCAAAAAUAAAGCACUAUUUGUAAUGCA